AAUCCCGAAGAAUACGCUUUUGACUCGUUGGGUUUUGACUUGAAGUGACGUAUGGUAAAAUGGUGGCAUGCUGAUUUGUAAGUGAUCGUAAAAGUUUCGACAAAUGAUAACGCGAGGAGAUAAUUGUGUCGUCGUUAGUUCAACGGGCUUAUCGCCCAUAGGUCCCAGAGACAUUGCGAUCGUACGCCCUUCGGACAAUUAGUUGAAGCUGCAAUUCUCCGGAGUUCCUCCUUCCUGAAGCCCAACCCCUACGUAGAAUUCUCAGUGGACGACAAGAGUCCCCGCAAAACGGAGGUAUCGAAAGCAACUUACCAGCCAAAAUGGAACGAAGAAUUUACGAUCCUGGUGACCCCCUACUCCCACCUGCACUUUCGCCUCCUGGACCACAGUACUUUCCGCAAGGACACAACCAUCGGAGAGAAGCGAAUAAGUCUCUUUCAGAUCCUGUCCCAUUACAACGGUAAAUUGGAGAGCCUGGAGCUGACCCUGGAUCUGAUAAACGAGAGCAAGCACGACUCACAGGUGACGAAAGUGGGGGAGCUGGUGACCCUCUUCGAUGGCUUGAAAAUCGACAUGUCGACGAUUACUCCACCCCAGUGUGAGCAACCCCACCCGCAAUGCACGACCUCCUCGCAGAUGCCGACGAACAACUCCUGCACGAACGACUCCACCAACAGGAGCAUUUUGAACGGAGGAAUUCGUGCCCUGAUGAGGGGUCAGGCCCCCGAGGGCUCGAUAAACCCCCCAGGGGUCCAGAGAAGCUCCUCGACGACGCUCUACGACCCCAACUUCAACCCCACCAACUCCCAGUCGACUAUUUCAAUCUCGAAUGCCUCAAAUGUCUCAAACGACUCCUCGAGGAUGAUUAUAACAAAUGGAAGUUCUGGGAUCAGCCACGAGCCUGCGAUAGAGAGUCCUGCCACCCCCAGGCUCGCUGAGAACCUCAUGAGGGAGUUGAACAUGACGAGGUCGACGUCCGAGAGCACCAGUGUCCCCAGGCUUCAUGAGGGGGCGAGGGUGGGAGAGAACUCUGUGGUGCCCAGGGUAUCUCUGGAGGGUCCUGGAUGGAAUGGUGGGGAAAAUAAUGCCCCUGGGAGGGGGAGUGAGGGACGGCAGGAGGGAAGGGUGCCCAGGGUGCCCGAGGAGAUGAUGAGGGAGCAGGAGAAUGGACAGGAGGAACCUCUGCCACCUGGCUGGGAUAUGAGAUACGACGUUUACGGUAGGAGAUACUACGUAGACCACAACACGAGGUCCACCUCCUGGGAGAGGCCCCAGCCCCUCCCCCCAGGUUGGGAGGUGCGUAGAGACCCCCGAGGAAGGAUCUACUACGUCGACCACAAUACCAGAAGCACAACCUGGCAGAGACCGAAUACCGAGAGACUCCAGCACUAUCAGCAGUGGCAGGGGGAGCGUCAGUUCGUUGUGCAGCAGGGGAACCAGAGGUUUUUGUACCCUCAGGCGCAUGGGGGACAGCCCGUGGUGCCAGGACCUUCGACAUCAGCAGCUGUCGAUGAUGAUGACGCCUUGGGGCCACUUCCUGCUGGCUGGGAGAGGCGAAAACAGCCCGAGGGAAGGGUUUACUACGUCAAUCACAAGAACAGAACGACUCAGUGGGAGGACCCGAGGACUCAGGGCCAGGAGACGGGAAUCGAUGAGCCUCCGUUGCCAGACGGCUGGGAGAUCAGACUCACCGAGGACGGUGUGAGGUACUUUGUGGAUCACAACACCAGGACAACAACAUUCCAGGACCCCAGACCAGGGGCUCCAAAGGGUCCUAAGGGGGUCUACAGGGUGCCCAGGGCUUACGAGAGGAGCUUCCGGUGGAAAUUGUCACAGUUUAGGUUCCUCUGCCAGACAAAUGCCCUGCCCAAUCAUAUUAAGAUCAGUGUUAGCAGGCAGACACUGUUCGAGGACUCGUAUCAUCAGAUCAUGAAUGCCGAGGCGUUUGCCUUGAGGAGGAGGCUUUACAUCAUCUUCAAGGGGGAGGAGGGACUCGAUUAUGGCGGAGUGUCCAGAGAAUGGUUUUUCUUACUAAGCCACGAAGUUCUGAAUCCAAUGUACUGUCUCUUUGAGUACGCAAAUAAGAGUAAUUACUCGUUACAAAUAAACCCAGCGUCGUAUGUCAACCCUGAUCACUUGCAGUAUUUCAAAUUCAUCGGGAGAUUUAUCGCAAUGGCUCUCUAUCAUGGCAGGUUUAUCUACAGUGGAUUCACCAUGCCCUUCUACAAACGCAUGCUGAAUAAAAAAUUAGUCAUGAAGGAUAUUGAGUCCAUAGAUCCUGAAUUUUAUAAGUCACUUGUUUGGAUUAAGGAGAAUAACAUUGAUGAGUGUGGACUUGAGUUGUACUACAGUGUGGACUUUGAGAUAUUGGGACAAGUCAUUCAUCAUGAGUUGAAGGAAGGGGGCGAUAAGAUUAGAGUUGUUGAGGAAAAUAAAGAGGAAUAUAUCAGAUUAAUGACUGAAUGGAGAAUGACAAGAGGCAUCGAAGACCAGACUAAAGCCUUCCUCGAGGGUUUCAACUCAGUGGUACCCCUGGAAUGGCUAAAGUACUUCGAUGAACGUGAGCUAGAGCUCAUGCUCUGUGGCAUGCAGGAGAUAGACGUUGACGAUUGGCAGAGAAAUUCAAUUUACAGACAUUACACGAGAAACAGUAAACAAGUUUUAUGGUUCUGGCAGUUUGUGAGGACAACGGACAAUGAGAAGAGAGCACGAUUGCUGCAAUUCGUGACUGGAACGUGCAGAGUGCCUGUUGGGGGAUUCGCUGAAUUGAUGGGGAGCAAUGGACCACAGCGAUUCUGCAUCGAGAAAGUGGGCAAAGACACCUGGUUACCCCGAUCCCAUACAUGUUUCAACAGACUAGACCUUCCCCCCUACAAAAGUUACGACCAAAUGGUGGAAAAAUUGAACUACGCGAUCGAGGAGACCGAGGGCUUCGGCCAGGAAUAGUAUCCCCACCUUCUCCACCCCUCACACUAAUCAAUUAUUUCUCCAUUAUUUUCCAAUUCUCUGACGUCUUAUUUCUGUACCUCUUCUUUAUUCUGAAUUUCUUUUGAGGAAAAACACAAGUGAUAACCCAUUAUCACGAGAAAUAGAAAUUUUACCAGAUAAUUGUUUGUAGAGUUGUCGAGUAGACAGAUUGGUAAGUGAUAUCUGUAGUAAAAAAAUCUAAGGAGGUUCUUGCAAUCUACGGAAUUUGAGAACCUUCAAGAGAAAUUUAAUCAGUGGAAAAUCAAUAAAACGAGAUGACUUGAUUUUUCAAUUUUUCUUCAUGAAUUUUUGGCCUGAAUUAUUGUUUUGAUAAGUCUCUCUACGAGAUAUUUUUCGAAAAAAACUGAUCUAAAGGAAAAAUUGACAUUUCGUUUUAUUAAUUAAUCACUUCAAUCAUUGUUAUUUAUAGUAGAAAUUUUUCUUGUAUACUUUUUACACGGUUCAACUCACAUUUAGGGAUUAUUUUGUCUCGAGUUUGAAAAAAAAAACGAGAGAGUGAGGAAAUGUGAAAAUUAUGAAAACCAUAAUGAAUUCGAUAGAAUUAUUGUAUAUAAUGGAAGUAAUUAUAAAGAAAACACUGUGGUAUUUAUAGCGACGUAGAUUUGGGGUGGUUUUGUGCUGCUUGAGGGGUUCGAUUGACGACAUUACUGAAAGUAAGAUGUUAAGGGAAGACUAUUAUGGGUUUUAACAGUCCCGGGCUACUAGAAUGAGAUUACUCAUACAUUAAAGAUCGAUUAUAUGUCUAAAAAUGAAUAAUUAGUGGAAAAAAAUCAAUUGAUUAUUCUUCGUUUGCUCCGCAGCCACUUAAAAUGUUAAAAACAGUCCAGGGCCUCCAAUUUUCGAGCUACAGAGGGUUUUUUUCUACAAUUUUUGAAAAUAUGGGUGCAAUAACAAUGACAAAUUGGCUAAUUUCUUUUUUUAAUAACAAAUUGCGCCAUUCAUAUAAAAUAGCCCAAAAUUGUAUCUGAAAGAAUUGAGAAUAUAUUUUAAAUAUAUUAAGAAUGGCACAAAUUUUUAUAUUAAACAAAACGAAACUAGCUGUGCAGUAGUGGAAUUCAAAAAAACUAAUUCCAAAUCGUUAUUGUAUACAUUUUUCCAAAAAUUUUGAAGAAAAAGAACUUCUGUAGUUCAA